AUGACCCAAGCCCUCGCGCUGGGUCUGGGGUCCAUGUUCAAUCACUCCCUCCUCGGACAGAAUGUGGGCUGGAAACGCAACACCGAGACCGAUGUCAUCGUGUACACUGCGCUGCGGGACAUCAAAGCCGGCGAGGAACUGUGCAUCUCUUACGGCAGUGCAAGACUGUGGUUCCACGACGCUGAUGCUCAAGUCGACACUGAGUGGGGAGAUGAUGACAACGACACGGGCGGAGAGACUUUGGCAGAGCUGGAACUGAGUGGCUUGGGAAAGAUGGAUCUAUAG